CCGGCGACAAUCUUUCCCUUCCCCAGUCUCUUUUUCCUCCCUUUCUCUACUGAUACUCCAUACCUGGUACCGGGAUACUUUCUACAACAUCUUAUUGAACAAACUUCUUUAACGACUUCAAGAACUGUUCAGACCUUGUUCAUCUUCUCCCCCUCCAGUCUCCUCUCUGCUCCGGCUCGUCCGUACAUUUCCAGGGCAUCCAAGUUUCAUCCAGCAUCCAGGCUAUCCCACUGACUACUACUUCGACUACCUCUCGCGCCUGGUCGACUCCUGCGCAUAACUGAAGCCAUCCUGGUCCGUGACCUCACUUACGACGACUCGUAGCCACGCUCAAAAUACGAACAUCAUGCGCCGGGCCACGCCGGACUGAUCGACGACCAACAACAGACACACCAAAGCAGAGGACCCUGGACCGGCCUCUUGUCUCACCCCUCUUAGCCGCCGCCGCCGCCGCUGCCAGCGCCGUCCCCUGACCUCGUCAAAUAAUACCCCCUUAGACCCCUAGAGCUCCCUUUCUCUAGGGACCUCUCGAAACUACGACUUCUGCACGCUCGCUCGCAUCUCAGCAGCAACCAGCGCAUGGCUUCGGCUCCCGCGAUGGCGCCCCCUUCCGAGACCAUCCCCUCCACGACAUCAGACCCCGUCGACCUCUCGUCCACGCCGCAGUCCCUUGCUCGUGCCGUCUACGCCCGUCGGGCAGAGUACGUACGGCCACACCGGAUCCGGGUCAAGAUUGGAACAUGGAACGUGGCUGCGUGUCCUGGCACCGACAAGGACUUGGCGAGCUGGUUUGUUGACGGGUAUGGCCUCGACACAACGCUCUCGAGGCUCAACGUUGCCGAUCACGAUACGGUAGAGACGGACCCCCCGCCGGCCGCCAAGGACGGAACCAAGGAACUAGCCAAGGAUGCGACCGAAGAGCAAGAUCCGAAUGCCUCGGUACACUUGGUCGGAGGCGACAAGGUCGGACUGUACGUCCUGGGCUUGCAGGAGAUUGUAGACCUGAACAUGGCGAGGGACUACAUGAACCGCAUGGCAUCUGACCAAGGACCCAUGAAAAAGUGGAAAGAAGCUCUGGAAGAAGCCAUGCCGGAUGGAUACGAGCUCGUUGCCGCAGAGCAAAUGUCUGGUCUGCUGCUGUUGGCUUAUGCUUCCCCUGAAGUAGCACCUACAGUCAGCAACGUGAGCACAGUCUCUGUCGGAACGGGCCUCUUUGGAUACCUGGGGAACAAGGGAGCUGUCACUACGCGGAUGUUGCUCGGGGAGACGACACGCAUGGUCUUUGUCAACUGCCACCUGGCUAGCGGCGCGGAGCAGACGUACCUGGACCGGAGAUUGUGGGACGUUGGUCAAAUAUUGACAAGGACACAGUUUGACCCCAUCAAUCUGGCAGGAGAGAAUGAUGCCGAGCCGGAGAAGAUUGGCGACGAGGACUUUGCCUUCUGGGUGGGUGACUUGAACUUCCGCGUGGAUGGACUGCCCGGUAAUGAUAUCCGGCGCCUGCUUCAACUACACACCCGUGGCGAGUACGACCUGGACAAGAGGGGGCGCAAAGUGAUCGCCGGUGAGGAGGUUCUGGUGGUCAAGAGCGCAAAGAAGAGUGACUACACAGAUGACGACACCUCAACGAUCGAAACGACUCUUUCUUCAGAAGCUAGUUUCGAUGAUUCGUCAAGCUCCCUGCCAGAUCCAGACGACUUUUUGCCUGACCCAAGUGACGAUCCUGCGUCGUUGCAAGCAACCUUGGACUCUCUUCUGCCACAUGAUCAACUAAGGAGGAUAAUCAAGGAGAAGAAGGCCUUCCACGACGGCUGGCGCGAAGGACAAAUCACUUUCCUGCCCUCGUACAAGUACGACGUCGGGACCAUCAGUCUCUUUGACUCGAGCGAGAAACAAAGAGCCCCGAGUUGGUGCGAUCGUAUUUUGUACAGAACAAGAAAGGACAGGGAGGAGUAUGAGAAAAGGGUCAAGGAGGCCGAGGAGGCAAAGAAAAAGGACGAGGAGAUGACAGCGCGGGGUAUCGACCAUGCGACCGAUGACGACGACGUCCUGUUCAGCUACGACCCGGAUGCGGACGGCGAGGAGGUGCCUACGGGCGAAGCUGGCCUCGACUACGACGAAUAUGAAGAAGAUGAUAACGAACCAGAAGAAGUUGUUACCAAGGAAGGUUUCACGGACAGGAUACAGCUCGAUAUCUACACUUCACACCAGCGGAUCAUUUCCUCAGACCACAAGCCCAUCAUCUCCAUCUUCACGCUCGACUACGAUGCGGUGGUGCCGGAUCUCAAGGCUAAAGUCCACGCCGAAGUUGCAAAGGAGCUGGAUCGUGCCGAGAACGAGGGACGACCUCUCGUCACUGUCAUCCUCGACAACCCAGAUAUGCAAGCCAAGGGUGAGGAUGGGGUGGACCUGGGCGAAGCUGUCGACUUUGGGGAUGUUGCCUACCGAUGCAAACACACGGCGACGUUGACAAUUGCAAACACUGGACGAGUGCCGGCCAAGUUUGCCUUUGUUGAGAAACCCACAAUUGAGGAGGAUUCUGAGGCUUCGAGCCCACCAGCCUGGCUAAGCUCAUCGUUUAAACGGACAGCCGCGGACGACAGUGGAGAGGAGUCGCCAGAUUUGGGCGACGAGGUCACCUUAGAACCCGGCGAGACGGUCAGUGGUGUUUUGGAGAUAUACGUUAGCGACAUUUCCCAUGUCCGAGCCCUCAACGACGGCCGGUCAACUCUUGAGGACAUUCUGGUUCUGCGGGUUGAAGACGGCAGAGACCAUUUCAUUCCAGUCCGCGCUUCGUGGCUUCCGACGUGUUUCGGUCGCUCGAUAGAUGAGCUCAUCCGUAUUCCUGACGGAGGCAUUCGGGCAUUCAUGAAAUCUAGGGAUGGCAAGAGCUCUGGGGCCAUCCCAUACGAUCUCGACGUCCGCUGCGCUGCUCCCAAGGAGCUCUUCAAGCUCACAGAAGCCGUCGAGGUGAUGAUGCUUCGCGCCAUCGCGGAAGCAAACAUGAUUGAGGAACAUGUCAUCCCGGCUGACAAGCCCGGCUGGCCCUUUGACGAGACUGCAUGGCUGUUCAAAGACAAAGAGUCUCGCGACAGCCAGAUUAUUGCUUUAAUCGAGGCACUGGACAAUGACCAACCCCUUGUCGAAGCGCUUCCCGUUGAAGUCCCAUCGCUCUACCGCCUCGAAGUACUCGCCGAGGUCCUGCUUCUCUUCCUCAGCGGCCUGACUGACGGCAUCAUCACCGCAGCCCUCUGGGCCAAGAUCGAAGUCGCCAUCCCCCACCUGGGCGCGGCUGCAGCACGGUUACCACCCGAAGUCGAAGACGACAAGACUGCGGUGCUGGACAUCCUCGCCACGGCGCCAAACCAUAACAUCGCCUUCGUCUUUCUCACGGCGACGUUGUCCAAGGUGGUCGCGGAGAUGGCCCCCAUCUCACGGUCAGAGGUCGAGGCGCUGACUAUGCAGAAGCCCAAUAGGCGGAGUCUCAGCUUUAGACGGCUCACGGGCGGCAAUGCGGCUGCCGAGGCUGCGUUGGCGAGACGGCGUCUUCGCGAGAGGAGGGUGGGCGAGGUGUUUGGCAAGGCUGUGUGCCGGGUGGGGUUGCCUGCCAAGGAUAAGGAGAGGAAGGCUGUUGAGGAGAAGAUGAGGGGGGCUUUGGAGAUCUUUGUGAGGAGGCCGCUCGAGGAUGGCUAG